UGUGACAAUGUCAAGACCAUGCAGAGCAACUGUCGCCUUACAGAUGAUAACAAGGAUCUGGCUUCUCUUAGAAAGAGAACAGAAGAUGUUGCCUCAAAAUUGUCAGAAAUAAAAAGUGCAACAAAGGAACAGCACAAGGAUAUUGAUGACGAAAAAGGGAAACUGUUUGAAGCUUUUGAGAUGCUUGAAGAUGCCAGGAUUAGACAGGAAAGAAAGAGUGACCACAGAUAUGUUCAGUUGUUAAAGUCUAGAGCUCUGGAUCCAGUGAACACAAGUAAGAUGAGAGAGAUCAGAAAUCUCCAUUUGUAUUUGGAUAAAACACUUAGGGAGGUGAACAUGGUUCUUGAUGAACAGUGGAACAAAGAAAAUGAACGCAAAAGAUCCAUUCAGCGCCCUGCAUUGGUUGAGGUUUACCAGACCUUGAAGGUCCACCAUAAAAUUACACAAGAUCAAGCAGCCAAGUUAGAACAGAUCACGCAGGAAAUGAAGAAUCGCAAACUGUUGUCAACUAGCUGGCAGCGAAGUCCACUCAAUACAACAAGUUUAAGGGAUGACCUGUCCUCUGUGCGUGAUCCCUUUGCUGUGUCAAAACAGGAACUAAAAUCGCCAAUCAAAAAUGUAUCAGCUCCAAUAUCUCCUCAAAAGCAGGCCCAGCUGAGAAGCAUGUUUCAGAAACGACGAAACACCCCAGUAAGAAGGAGCACGGUUGUUCCAAGUACUGUUACCAAGACACCCCUAGUGAAGACUAGUAGACCUGAAGUGCCAUUCUUCUCUUCGACACCUGCCGUAAGGCCAGAGGACACAGCAGAGGGAUCUAAAGGACGGUUCAGCUUUGAUGAUGCUAUCCCCGAAGAAAUUAAGGUGUCUGACGAUGAUGGAAGUCUCGCAGAAGAUGGGUAUCAGGAGGAGGAACCCUGCCAAGAGAAAGAGCUUGGGCAUUUGGAUGCAAUCCACAAAGCCUCGGCUAGUGGACCAGAUCCUUCACCUAUACAUUCUGAGCCUACAUUAAGCAUAAAAGGGAGUUUUAGUUUGGGCAAUUCACAGGAUGAGGCUGUUUUGAAGAAGCCACCUCAUCCCGUGAGGAUCACAGCAGCUGUUGAAAGUUCACACGCCAAGUCCAUCCCACAGCCUACUGUGGUCGGAGCAUUUUCUGCAGUUGAUAAAUCUGUUGGUGGCGGCAUUAAACCACCUAGACCUCAACCAACAAAAGCAGAACCAGCAUUAGCACCAAGUGGUCUUUUCGUUCCAGCAACCAAGGCAGAGCCCACAGCAACUGCAACUAUUCCAGCAAAAAGCGACUUUGUUCCAAAUGUCAAGGUCAUUAGCACAGAAACACCUCCCAACAUUGCUGCAGCAAUGGCUGCCAUGAGCAGAGCUAGUGCAUCCCAGGGUGCUGCUCAGUCAGGCAGUAACCUUGACCCUUCAGCCAGCAUCGAACCAGUAACACUAGUAACUUAUAAACCACAGGCACAAGGGGGUGCACAACCUAAGGACUAUGAUGUAGAAAACAAUGCUGCAAAAGCCAUUGCAAAUGCAGCAUUGAUGGCCGCUACAGCCGAAGCCCAAAAGUCGUCCGCAAAGCCACAGUGUAGUACAGAAUUCAUCUUCAAAUCUAGCGAUAGCAGUAAGCCCGGUCCCCCAGUGGUUACCUUCAAGCCUCCAACCUCUCCACUGCAAAUGCCUGAAAGUGCAUCCAAAGUUACUGCUGCUCCUAACGUCACUGUGAAUCCCACGCUAGUCUUCAAACCUGCAUUUGCUCCAGCCGUCCCAAGUGUAUCAACAGCUUCCAGCACUGGUGGAUUGCAGAAACCUUUUACAGGACCUCAAACUGUCGGUUCAUUUAGCUUUGCUCCUCCAACUGGUGGUUUGCCUAAUUUUGGGGCUUCCUCUGUGGCUGCCUCCUCAACACCAAGUGCAUUUAGUUUUAGCACUAAAGCAAAAGACACAGUGCCCAGUCAGACAGCUGCAGCAAGUGUCGCAGCACCCAGUGCUGCAAAACCAGGAAACAUCAUCACUGCACCAGCUGUAGGUAUCACACCAAGUCCGAGAGUGAGUAGGAAUUUAUUUGCAGCUGGGGAAUUAAGUUCUGCAGCAGCAGCAGCCACAAGUGGGGAACAAGAUGCCAAGCAGGAAGACAAGAAGGAGGUAUUGAAGACCCUGCAGGUGACAACUGCAAAUCCAUCCAUCGCUAGUUCUAGUGGAAUUACGACCCCAGCAACAGUAACACCAGGAUUUCCAUUUUCAGCUCCAGUGCCAGCUGGUGAAGGCUUCUUUAAGAAUCUUAAUCUCUCUGCAUCUACCAUCGCUGGCAAUGUGUUUGGCAGUGGUGGUGAUACAAGCAGUAAUCCUCCCAGCAUCUUGAGUUCUUUGAUGCGAGCAUCUGCUCCAGGAGGUCCUGCAAUCAACACUGGCAAUUUGUUUGGCACGGCUCCCACUGCAGCUUCCAAGGAUCCAGCAUCCACUUCCGGUACACCACAAGGUCAGGUUUCUCUGCCUUCUAAAGGGACUCCAUCAGAAAACAAAGAUACCAGCACCCGAACAGUAAUGACACUAUCUGGUUUUCCUGUAUCUGCUAGUGCAGGAGGCGUUUUUGCACAGGCUUUAUCUGAAAGUAGCAAGUCCAGCAUGGUGUCAUCUACAACUGCAACUAAGACACUUCCUGUUCCUGGAAGCAUUUUCGGUGCCCCAACCACAACACCUGCAUUCCCACCAGCUAGCUUAUUUGAUGUUUCUCUUGGUGGUGCUAAAUCUAGCACCACAACCCCCUCUACCACCACAGUUGCAGGUAAUCUGCUUAGUUUAUCUGCUGGCACUGCAUCUGCUUUUUCCGCUACAAGCAGUGCUAGUCCAUUCUUCCCCAGCAUCACUCCAGCUUCAACAAAUGCCUCGGCACCAGCAGGAGGCUCCCCAUUAACUUCUCUUCCGCCACCCGCGACAACAACUACAGUAACAAGUCCAUCUUCCAGAGAUUCUUCAACGUCAGCCGCUAGUGCAGUUGGUCUGUUCAGCAAAGUCUCGAGUACUGCAAGUCCUUUUGGUGUGGCUCUGGGUACAGUGAGUAGUGGAGCUGGCUCUGUUGGAGCUCCCUCCGCAACAACUACUGCUGGCAACCUUUUUGAAGCACCUCCAUCCACUGCCUUUGCUCCUACUCCCGUAUUUGGGGCCAGCACCUUUGGAACUUCUCCUGCACCUUUUAGUUCUCCUGCUAGCAGUCAAGGCAGUACUUUUGGUCCGACACAAGUAUUUGGGUCAUCAAACAUAACAGCUGGUACCGGAUCAGGGUUUGGGGCAACUGCCAGUGCGGGGUUCAGUACUGCAUCCAAGCCAGCUGAGAAUGCCCUAGGAUUUGGAUUUGGUGGCUUUGGUUUAGGAGGACAAGCCAGCUCACAGGCCAGCAAGACAAACCCCUUUGGCGUUGCACAAGGAUUUGGAGGGGCAACUACUACACAGUCCUCGUUAUUUGGUGGAAAGUCAGGAGUUGAUGUAUUUAAGAUGACUGAUUCACCGAAGCCAGCGUUUCACAGUGGCCCUUUUUCUCAAUCUGGAUUUGGAACCCAAUCAUCUGGUGGAUUUUCAGGGGGCUCGUUCAGCGCUCAAGGUGGAACUGUGGCUGCCUCUGGUUUUGGCUUCGGUGCUUCAUCACCCUCUGGUACCACAGGGUUCGGUUCACCACAGCCCUUUGGCUCACCCUCUGCUGGGGCGUCCGUGUUUGGCGGUGCGCCUUCAUUUGGUUCCGCUCCUUCAUUUGGAGGAGCUCCAGCCUUUGGAAGCUCUCCUCAAGCAGGCCUAGGUGCUAGUUCAUCCAGCGGGGUCUUUGGAAGUGCACCAUCUGGCGGAUUUGGACAAUCUCAAGGCAGCUCUACAUUCGGUGCCUUGGCAACCCAGUCGAGCCUUCCAUCGUUUGGCGCUGUAGCUGGUAUGCCGGGGACACAAGGGUUUGGUGGUAUUCAACAACAACAAACAGCCCCUUCCUUUGGCUCGUUCGGCGGCGGCGGCGGCGGCGGCUCGCAGAGUCCCAGCGGUGCUUCUUUUUCACAGUGGAGGUGAUGAAACUGUACUAGACAUCAUUCAUGGCCUGCAUCUUCACGUAUAAAGUUUUUAGUAUUUGCGCCUCGCAAACUGCUUAGAAGAACACUCUUCUAUCCAAUUAAUAAUCGUAAUUCCUUGUGUGAACGACAAAAUCGCUGGUCUUGAUUCGUAUAUCGUGGCUUUGGAACAAGCAUUGUUGUGGAUAACGACUGUCAAAACCGCUUUCUAUGGCUGUGGCUGUUAUUGUAUUAAACCAAACUGAGGACAAAAAGUUACUGCCUAUCGUCAAACCUAAUGCAAUCAAACUAAGAAUAACAAAUACCCGGCAGAAAUUCUCUUUAAUAAAAUAACCUUAUAGUUCCUAAGUAAGAACAGGCAAGGCCUAAAAGAAGCUGCAUUUAAAAUGAUCAAUUUAUAAUUACAAAGCUGACAUCCAAAAAAGUCAGCGCCCAAAACUUAAUUUAUGGUUAUCAACAACGACAACUUCUUACAUGUAGUUAAGGUGGCUCCCUAUAGUUUCACGAUCGCACGAGCGCUGAGGACUGAAGUUCAAAUAAUCUGCGCGCGU